UCUAGCCUCGUUCAUGUUCUCGUGGUGGUUUGUAACUGAACUUGUGUCUGAUCGUAGUCACUUCUAUAGUUGAUUGUAAACGUUUUAAUACUUAUAAUUUACGCAGAUCUUUAUCGAAUUGCAAUGGCGAAGAAACAGCAAAUCACGAGUAAAGCUAAGGCGCAACAGCCGCAGAGCCAGAAGAAGAAAGCAUUGCCAGCAAAGCUAGUGCAAGAAGAGGAAGAAGAAGAUGAUGAUGAUGACAGCGACGCGGAGGAGAUGGACGAAGAAUUGGAUUCGGAUAUGGAAGGAGAAAUGGACGAUGAUGAGGAAGAGGUGCCGGUUCCACAAGCAAAAUCUAAGAAGUCACAAAAACAAAAGCCAGAGAUUGGCGGCGGGGACACAAAAUCUCCACAGAAGAGAAAAUCAGACACGAUCGAACAUUCGGCAAAGAAAGCAAAAGUUAACAAGGGUAAUCUAACAGCAUCUAAACUAGGGCAGGAAGAAGUACAGAAAGAACUGCACCAGAUCGAGGAGAAGCAGCGACGCUGUCUCUACGUUGGCAUGCUCGAGCAGACGGUGACGGUGGCCGCGCUGAAGGCUCUGUCGCCGCAGAUCCGCGAUGUGCGCAUACGCCAGGGUUACUACAAGAGCAAGGACAAGAAGAAGACACCGUCCUGGUUUGCCUUCCUGGAGUUUGAGAGCGAGGCGAUCACAGAGAAGAACAUGGAGAAGCUGAAGAACAAGAAGCUGGAUGGCAAGCCGCUGCAUAUCGACUUCUGCGGCAGCAAGCGCAGCGGCGGCGCCACAUCGACAAAGCCAGGCCAGCAACCGAACAUCAAGUUCGAUCCGCACAUUCUCUACGUCACCGGAUUCGGAGAGGGAGCGACGGAGCUGGACUUGAGAAAGGUCUUCACAAAAGCCAAGGACAUCAGGUUCCCCCAGAGAGGAUCUCUGACGCACUGCGUCUUUGUCGAGUUUGUGAACAUCGAGGAUUCGAAGGCGGCGCACGACAGUUGUAAGGACAAGGAGGUGAAGGGAGGCAAGCUGGUGCUACAGUACGCGCGCGCAAAGGGCAAGGCGACCAAGAAGGGCAUAAAGAAGAAUGCUGAGAAGACAAAGGCGAAGAAUGGAAUGAAAUCGCAAGGGAAGAUGCAAGAUGAUGACGAUGACGACGAUGAGGAUGAUGAUGAUUUUGACGAAGACGAUGAGGACGAUGAUGAGAGCGAUGAUGAGGAUGAUGAUGAUGAUGACGAUGAUGAUGAUGACGAAUAAAUUUACUGGGGAAAUCACCAGGAAGCAGUGUAUCUGAGGCGAGGCGGUGCGGAGAACGCCUCGGUCGUGUACAGUUGGGAAAUCAGAGGCCGAGAAAUCAUGACAACAGAACUAAUAUUGCUGCGGAACUAAUUUUGGAGCGGCGUCACCCGCACCGGUUGUUGGGGACGAGUCGCCGCUAUUUGAACAGUCGAGAGAGAAGAUCGAUGGCCGCGUGCGAGUGACCCCCGCUCGUCUCUAUACGGAAUCACGGCGACGUUACUGGCGCCGGGUAUUGACAAUCGAAUCUUAACAAGCGAACAUCUGUCGGUGGCGGGCCGAUCGCGCUUCCUUCAUAAUUAUAGUCUCGAAAUCGUCGUCGAAAUAGUUGCCAUCUAAAGCAGAGGAAACGUCGCGUCAUGUGCGUGGCAGUACCAGAGGCGGGAUGCGUAGCGGGAGCUAGUGUUUUAAUUCGUGUCGGGAGUUUUACUUUUGAUUGCGUUGUGUUUGUGUUUUGUUUUCCUAAGCUCAGACGAUACUCCUGUUGUCGCCGUGUUUGCGUCGACGUCAGCGUGGCGUCGCGCGUUCGUUUACGUGUUUGCGCGUGUUUGCGCGUGUUUGCGCGUGUUUGCGCGUCCGACCUUUCGUGAUUUCCACGUCUCUCGUUGCCUCGCUCGACGUGAGAAGAUCGCGCGUCGAUCAUCGUCUCCAUCUCGGUGGUUGCACUCUCAUUGCGUCGCCCCAUGCCGGACGCGUUUCCAUGGCGACCGGACGCGAGGGGGCGCCUGCAUGUCGAGAGGUUCCCAGCUCUGCACGACGUGCGUUUCGGCGACCUACGAAGUUGUACGAAAGUCUACGAAGUUGUCUGCAGACAUUCCACGUGUACCAACCCUAGAUCCGAAAAUAAAGGUGUCUUCUGAGUCUUCUUGUAAACCAA